AUGGCGAGUCAGUCUCAGAGAAUCCAGCAGCUCUUGCAGGCAGAAAAACGAGUCAAAGACAAGUUAGAAGAAGCCAAGAAGAGAAAAAAUAAAUGGUUAAGUCAAGUAAAAGAAGAAGUGAUGGCUGAAGUAGAUCAGCAUAGGAUGCAGAAAGAAAAGGAAUUUCAGGAAAAGCAAUCUUUGGUUUUGGGAUCCCAAAGCAACUUCUUGGGCAAAAUAGAUGCACAGACAACAGGAAAAAUUCAGAAACUCACUAGUAACUACAAUGAGAGCUUGGAAAGUGUGAUGAAAAAACUUUUGAGCAUGGUUCGUAACUUGAAACCUGAAAUGCAUAAGAACUACAAAGGCACAGAUUAAAUGCUGUUCAGAUUAAUCAAUAAAUAGCAUAU